AUGCACACUAGCGUCAUUAAUAUAAGCUUGCAAUCACUGCGUAGUGGACGUGACCAAACGGUGCGGUUAUUCUUCAAGAAAAGAUUGUGUGUUUUAAAUGUGGACAUUUAUUUGGGAAGUCGUGUAUUGAACGCUGCACUCGAAACGAUCGCAGUGGCCGUUGUCCUCAGUGCAAUUGUAACGCUCGACUGGGUGACAUUCGUUGCCUUUAUUCGUGACCAGUAA